CGCGUUCUUGGCCUGUGUCGGGGGACCGCGAGUGGGUGAGAGUCUGAGGAGGGGGGGAAAAAAAGAGAGAAAGGAAGGCCGGCGAGCGGCGAAAGUGGUUGGCUCGGCUCGUGGUGUUCUCCUCAGCCAUGAGCUCCAUCGGCACCGGGUAUGACCUGUCGGCCUCUACGUUUUCUCCAGAUGGCAGAGUGUUUCAAGUUGAGUAUGCGACAAAAGCUGUGGAGAACAGCAGUACAGCCAUCGGGAUAAGGUGUAAGGACGGUGUCGUCUUUGGAGUAGAAAAACUAGUGCUGUCCAAGCUGUAUGAAGAAGGCUCCAAUAAACGCCUCUUUAAUGUCGAUCGACACGUUGGAAUGGCAGUGGCAGGACUCCUGGCAGAUGCCCGGUCCUUGGCGGACAUAGCGAGGGAAGAAGCUUCGAACUUUAGAUCCAACUAUGGUUACAACAUCCCACUCAAACACCUUGCAGACCGAGUGGCCAUGUAUGUGCACGCCUACACGUUGUAUAGCGCUGUUCGCCCAUUUGGUUGUAGCUUCAUGUUGGGUUCGUACGACGAGGACGAAGGCGCACAGCUCUACAUGGUCGAUCCCUCGGGAGUUGCAUACGGUUACUGGGGAUGUGCCAUCGGUAAAGCGAGGCAAGCGGCCAAGACGGAGAUUGAGAAACUUCAGAUGAGAGACAUGACCUGCCGCGAUGUUGUUAAAGAAGUUGCAAAAAUAAUCUACAUAGUCCACGAUGAAGUAAAAGAUAAAGCUUUUGAACUUGAACUCAGCUGGGUUGGAGAAAUCACAAAGGGAAAACAUGAAAUUGUCCCUAAAGACAUUAAGGAAGAAGCGGAGAAAUAUGCGAAGGAGUCUCUGAAGGAAGAGGAUGAAUCGGAUGAUGAAAACAUGUAACACAUUGUUACUUUAAGAUGCAGAUGUUUUAAUCUAUACUGCGGACUGUUUUAUGUAUUAAUUGCCAUUAUAUAUGUGCUGGAAGACUAUUUUGAGUGACCAACUUGCACUAAAAUAAAUUUUUUCCCCAUU